AUGGACGAUAUAACAUCGCUAGAAUUGGGCAAUGAUGAAUACAGGCCUCAGAAGCGGCUUUUGACAUUCAUCAUGCGAAAACGGGAAUACCCCAUUCCCAAGGAUGAAGAGCGACAGCCGCAUCCUGCCCAAAAGGCAAAUCUUAUCUACAAAUUGUUCUUUUGGUGGCUUUUUCCCAUAAUGAAAGUCGGCUAUGCCCGAACUUUGCAACCAAAUGACUUGUGGUUAUUGACAGAUGACUUGAAAGUUGAACAUUAUACCGAGAUCUUCUAUACGUAUCUCGAACAAGUAAGAAUUAAAUCCAAGAAAAAGCAUAUUGAAAAGAAAUGCAAGGAACGAAAUGAGGCUGUGGAAAACAGCUCUUUAAGUAUAGAAGAAGAUUUGAAAGAUUUUGUGCUAUCCCAAUGGGAUAUUGCCGAGGUUGUAUUUUUAACUUUUAGAAAAAGAUUGGUCAGUGGAAUAAUAUUGGCUUGUCUUUCCCUUUGUCUUAUGGCGCUUACUCCAUUGUUGACAAAGUAUCUUAUUAGAUAUGUCGAAGCCAGAACCUUUGGUCUUCAGAAUAGUCCAGGUAAGGCCAUUGGAUAUUCCCUCGGGCUAACCUUUAUGAUGUUUAUUACAGGUGUAAUGAUUAACCACUUCUUCUACAUGGGUUUGCUUGUAGGUGGUGCAACAAAAGCCUUACUAACCAACACUAUUUUGAACAAGGCUCUUAAAUUAAAUGCAAAGGGUCGUCAUAAAUUCCCCACGGGUAAGAUCACAUCCAUGAUUACGACAGAUUUGGCUAGAAUCGAAAUUGCCUUGAUUUUUCAACCGCUUGCUAUAGGUCUUCCUGUAGCUGCUGUUAUCGCCAUUGUCAUCUUAAUUGUCAACAUUGGUGUUGCUGCCGUGAUUGGUAUUGUCAUAUUUCUUUUCUUCUUGGCAUUCCUUUCCGUGGGUGCAAAAAAAUUAUUUGAAUACAGAGAUAUUGUCAGUAAGAUCACCGAUAAACGAGUCAACUUAAUCAAGGAAAUCCUUAAUAAUUUGAAAAUGAUCAAAUUCUAUUCCUGGGAACACCCCUACCAUAAGAAAGUGGUUCAAGUGCGUAAUCAAGAAGUCAAUGUGAUUUUGAAAAUUCAAUCGUUGAGAAAUAUUAUUUACUCCAUAGCAUUGACAUUGAACGGGAUUUCGGCUAUGAUUGCCUUUUUGAUCUUGUAUGCCCUCAGAGGAAAGACCUCCAGUCCAGCCAAUAUCUUUUCUUCGGUGUCUUCAUUUGAAAUGUUGUCUUUCUUUGUGUUUUUAAUUCCACAAGCAUUAUCUACCACAGCAGAUAUGCUUAUGGGAUUUAAGAGAAUUGGUGAAUUAUUUUCGGCUCAAGAUGAAGAGAGAUACCAGUAUUAUCUUACUCGUGAAGAUGAAAGUGAAGAUGCCGUCAAGGUCACUGAUGGUUGUUUCAGUUGGGAAAAUUUUGAAGAUGAUGUUAAUGACGAUGAGAGUGAUGAUGAAAAGGAUCGAGAAGAACGAGAAAAAGACCUUGAAAGAAGUGGAUUUAAAUCUGAAUCCACAUUCAAGGGAUUGCAAGAUGUUAAUUUAACAAUCAAUAAAGGUGAAUUUGUGGUCAUUACUGGUUUGGUUGGUUCUGGUAAGUCUUCCUUAUUAAAUGCAAUCUCGGGUUUCAUGAGAUGUGACUCAGGUGAAAUAGAUAUCAAUGGUUCCUUAUUACUCUGUGGUGCACCAUGGAUUCAGAAUAACACCAUCAGAGAGAAUAUCCUCUUUGGUUCUGAAUUCGACAAAGAGUUUUAUGAUAAAGUUGUCUACGCUUGUUCCUUGCAUAUUGAUUUAGAUAAUUUACCUGGUGGUGACUUUACUGAAGUUGGUGAAAAGGGUAUCACUUUAUCUGGUGGUCAAAAGGCAAGAAUUAAUUUAGCUCGUGCGGUUUAUGCCAACAAAGAUAUUAUUCUCAUGGAUGAUGUGUUAAGUGCUGUUGAUUCCCGUGUAGGAAAGCACAUCCUUAACCAAUGUUUGCUUGGAUUGUUGAAAGACAAGACUAGAAUUUUAGCUACCCAUCAAUUAGCUUUGAUUGGCCAGGCUGAUAGAAUUAUUUUUGUUAAUCGUGAUGGAACUAUUGACAUUGGGACUAUGGCAGACUUGAAUGCUUCAAAUUCAGAAUUCAACAACCUUAUGACAUUCAGUAAAUCUGAAGAUGAUGAUGAAUUGGAUGAUACAACCGAUGUCGUUGAUGAGAAGGCUGAGUAUAUUGUAAGUUCAGAUGAAGAAGAGGAAGACAGUCAUUUGGAUUAUAAUCUUAACAAAGAUGCCGCCAAGGGAAAGAUCAUUGCCGACGAAGAAAGAGCAGUCAAUCAAAUCAAGAAUGAAGUUUACUUGAACUAUAUUAAAUAUGGUGCAGGUAAGUUAACCAUUUGGGGAUUCCUUGCUUUGUAUUUGUUUGUGUUGGCUAUUUCUACAUUCUGUUCGAUCUUUACCAAUACCUGGCUUUCAUUUUGGGUAUCUCAAAAGUUUGAAGGUAGAUCUAAUGGUUUCUACAUUGGUAUUUAUGUGAUGUUCAAUAUCUUAUCGCCAAUUUUCCUUACUAUUUCAUUUAUUGUUUUAAUCACAAUGACCACCUUGUCGUCAAAAAAUAUGAACUUAAAAGCCAUUGACAAAAUCUUGUUUGCUCCUAUGACAUUCUUGGAUACUACUCCUAUGGGUAGAAUCUUGAAUAGAUUCACAAAGGAUACAGAUGUUUUGGAUAACGAAAUCAGUGAAAAUAUGAGAUUCUUUUUUGUUAAUGCUGCCCAAUUAGUUGGUACCAUUAUUCUUUUCAUUGUAUUUAUUCCAUGGAUUGCAGUAGCUUUACCUGUGAUUGCGUUUGUUUUUGUAUUAAUUGCCAACUACUAUCAGGCAUCCAAUCGUGAAGUCAAGAGAUUGGAAGCUAUUCUUCGGUCAUUUGUGUUUAACAAUGUUAAUGAAGUAUUGAGUGGUCUUUCUGUUAUCAAAGCUUAUAAAUCACAAACCAGAUUUGCCAAAAUUAGUGAUAAGUUAGUCAACAGGGCAAAUGAAGCUACCUUUAUUGUCUUUGCAAAUCAAAGAUGGAUUGCAAUUCAGUUGGAAAUUGUUGCUAGUUGUCUUGUUUUGUUGGUAUCUUUAUUGUGUUGCUUCAAAGUCUUUGAUAUCAGUCCUGCUACAGUUGGGUUAUUGAUGACAUAUUCCUUAAGUAUCGCUUCCCUGUUGUCAAACUUAAUUAGAACAUUUACCGAAGUGGAAAACUAUAUGAAUUCCGUGGAAAGAUUGUGUCAUUAUGCCCAGAAGCUACCCCAAGAAGCAGCUUACACUAUAGAUUCUACUGAACCACCAAGCACUUGGCCUCGCGAAGGUGGAAUCGAAUUUGAUAAGGUUAAUAUGAGGUACAGACCUGAAUUACCUUUAAUACUUAAGGGAUUAACUUUCACAAUUGCCCCACAUGAGAAAGUUGGUAUUUGUGGUAGAACCGGUGCUGGUAAAUCAUCAAUCAUGACUGCUUUAUACCGUUUGUCCGAAUUGGAAACUGGUAAGAUAUUAAUUGACGGUGUGGAUAUUUCUAAGAUUGGGUUGAAAUCAUUACGUUCUCAUUUGUCAAUUAUUCCCCAAGAUCCUGUAUUGUUUAAUGGUACCAUUAGAAGUAACUUGGAUCCAUUUGGUGAACACCUGGAUGAGUGGUUGUGGAAUUCAUUAAGAAAGUCAGGUAUUUUAACCGCUGAUGAGAUUGUUGAGGCACAAAAAUUAGAUAAAUCUACUAGAUCUGAAAACUUACCUAAAUUUCAUUUAGACAAAGUUGUUGAUAAUGAAGGUGAAAACUUUUCUCUUGGUGAGAGGCAAUUAGUAUCAUUUGCUAGAGCAUUGGUUCGUGAGUCCAAGAUUUUGAUUCUUGAUGAAGCUACUUCCUCAGUUGAUUAUGAAACCGAUCAUAAGAUCCAACAAACAAUUGCUAGUGAGUUUUCUGAUUGCACCAUUUUAUGUAUUGCUCAUAGAUUAAAGACCAUUAUCAACUAUGAUAGGAUCUUGGUGAUGGAUAAGGGACAAGUCAGUGACUUUGAUUCCCCUUGGAAAUUGUUUAAUACUCCUGGAAGUUUGUUCAGGGAAAUGUGUGAUAAGUCAAACAUUACAGAAGAAGAUUUUGUAAAUAGAGCUUAA